AUGCUAUGUGACGAAUGCUGGACAGGAGGCGGUGACAGAAGGGUGGGAUGGGACUAUUUUAGUGAACCAUUCACAAGAGGGUUGGCAGUCAUAGCUCUGUCAUUAAAAAUCAUAAAGUCAUCUUUCCUCUGCAGCCUCCCAGCUCUGCUCACUCUCCCCUGCUGUUUUCACCUUGAAGGGCCCAGAACUGCAGCAGACAUGUCUGAGGGACCGAAAAAGACAAAGUACUCUGCCACCCGCAGGCUGCUGCUGAAGACCAAGAUGUUGAAGAAGGCAUCUGCCAUGCUGGUGGCCGAGGAGGAGAAACGGAAAUUGGAACGGGAACAGACCCUGAACGAGAGAGUCCCCGCCCUAAGACUGUCCGGCCUGUCCGUCCCGGACCUUCAGAACCUGUGCAAAGAGCUCCACCAAAAGAUCGAUGUUGUUGACGAAGCACGGUACGAUAUUGAAUCAAAAGUGGCCAAAAAUGAAAACGAGAUCCAAUACCUGAGUCAGAAGAUCUUUGAGCUGAAGGGCAAAAUGAAGAGACCCAACUUGAAACGAGUGAAGAAGUCAGCUGACGAUAUGCUGGGUGCCCUGGCAGACAAUAAGCUAAUGAAGGCCGACUUCAAGGCUAACCUCAAGACUGUCAAAAAGGAAGAGGAGAAGAAGGAGGAAGUGACUGACUGGCGUAAGAACGUGGAAGCUAUGUCAGGAAUGGAGGGCAGGAAGAAGCUCUUCAACGCCCAGUAAGAGUGUUCGCUCUGCAAAAGCACCGACCUCCAGUAAAGUGAUGCAAGUGAAGUAAUGAAGUAGUGAAGGAAAGCGAAGCAGUGAAGGAAAGCAGAGGGCGACCGGCAGCAAAGCUGGCGACAGGACCCAGUAAAUUCAGCGCCGCAGAGCACGUUGUGGAGGAGCUCCGGCCAGAAGCGGCCCCCGCCUGCCCAGGCUGGUCGCGUCAUAAAUAUCACACCGUUAUGAAGUGCCGAAAGGCAUCCACAUCUCUGUCAUCACCUCGUUUCUUCACACUGGGCACAUGAUUUUUUUGGGCAAGGGGUCAGUGUUGGUUUAACCAAUCCCCUCAGGACCUAUAUUGAUGUUUGAUGUGUAAACAUACCCAUGCUGCACUGGGCCGAGGUAGCACACUGGACAUUCCAAGACAAAACACACAAAGCGCUUUUGCCAUUUUUUAUAUCGUUCAUUUUCAGAUCUAUACCGUAUCUAAGGAUGGUACAUUAGUCAUCUUUUACGCUUAGUAAUCAAACAGCAGAAAAGCUCAGGUAACUUCUGAAACCUGCAGCGCUGUCUGUCAGGCUGGUCGCUAGGGGCAGGAUCAGCUGUUGGGCUAAGUUCACCCACACGACGCGGCUCUGUUUCUCCGUACGACGCGGCUCUGUUUCUCCGUACGACGCGGCUCUGUUUCUCCGUACGACGCGGCUCUGUUUCUCCGUACGACGCGACUCUGUUUCUCCGUACGACGCCACUGGCUGCGCGCACAAUGCCCUGAAUCCUCUGUUCUGCAGCCAAUCGAAUGUCAGGCAGCCAAAAUAUCUCGCAUGACAAAGAAGUCAGGCAAAAGUGAAGCUGUUCCAGGGUAUCAUUUUUCAUUACCCUUGGCUUAUGCAUGCCAUACAGGUCAUGGGCCAGUGCAGAUGGUACGACGGCAGCCAUAUUCAAAAUGACCAAAUGCUGCUUCACAUCAAAGUGUAUUAUAUUCCAGACGGGCUUCAAUGUUCAAUAAGAGCCUCUGCUAAAAUAAAGAUCGAGUUUGAGUAACAUG